AGAAAGAAAAAACUAUAAUUAUCUUUUUUUAUAAACAAUAUUUUAAUUACUAUUCUAUUUUUCCUUGGUUUCUUCUCCUUCGCUUCUUCUGCGGAAUUCUCUCUCAUAUGGCUUAUCCAGUAAUCUAAAUCUCGCUCUCUUUCUCUCUCUCUCUCUGAUAUUCUUCUCUUUUCAUUGUUUUAAACAACGUUGUUUAUGCAUUGCGAUCUGUUUCUUUUUCUUUCUUAGAUAGUUUACGCGUUUUGCAUUAGGAAGUUGGAGUUUUCGUUUUACUUCCUGUUUGUUUCCCGAGAAAAAGGAGAGUGUUUGUUUACAGACCCGGGUUUUGACAUAUGGGGCAUCAGUUAAUCUGAGUGUAAAGAAAAUGGAUCAACACAGGAAGUUUAAGACUUGUACUGGAGUUCUAUUGGAGGUCUUGUAGAUUCGUUGAUUUUAGAUGAUAAGAGCUGGACGCAGCUUGUAGAAGCUGCAGUUGAGAAUGUUGAUUAUUUUCUGGCUGAUAUUCUAUCAUUCUUACGAUGAGAAGUCUGUUCCUGUUAGUAUCAUACAUUUCAUGCUACAGUCUAGCAGUAAACCAUAUAUGCAAGCUAGUGAUCAAGCCUAUGUCAGUACUGUAGACACCUCUUUUUGGAGGUUGCUAGAACUACAUUGACAAAUUGUUGAUUGUCAUCUGCUACAACUGCAAGAAUGGAGAGGUAUAAAAUUUCGGAGGAGCUUGGAGAUGGUACCUGUGGUAGUGUGUUCAAAGCCUUCAAUAUAGAAACAUUUGAGAUUGUUGCUGUUAAGAAAAUGAAAAGAAAGUUCUACUUUUGGGAAGAGUGUAUGAAUCUAAGAGAAGUUAAGGCCCUUCGUAAACUAAAUCACCCUAAUAUUGUAAAGUUAAAGGAGGUUGUCAGGGAAAACAAUGAACUAUUCUUCAUUUUCGAGUACAUGGAACAUAAUCUUUACCAAAUCAUGAGAGAGCGGCAGGAACCUUUUUCUGAAUGGGAGAUACGCAGCUUCAUGUCUCAGAUGCUGCAAGGGCUUGCUCACAUGCAUAGAAAUGGAUAUUUUCAUCGAGAUUUGAAACCUGAGAAUUUGCUGGUGACAAAGGAUGUUCUGAAAAUUGCGGAUUUUGGACUGGCAAGAGAAGUAUCAUCAAUGCCUCCUUAUACAGAAUAUGUUUCUACUCGAUGGUACCGUUCUCCAGAAGUCUUGUUGCAAUCUUCCUCUUACACUCCUGCUAUUGAUAUGUGGGCUGUUGGUGCUAUAUUAGCGGAGCUUUUUACUUCAUCUCCUAUUUUUCCUGGUGAAAGUGAAAUAGAUCAACUGUACAAGAUAUGCUGUGUUUUGGGUGCGCCUGAUUGGACUUCCUUUCCUGAAGCGACAAACAUCUCUCGUCUAAUCAAUAUUAGUUAUUCAGAGAUUUUACCUACCAACCUAUCAGAUAUCAUUCCUAAUGCCAGCCCGGAGGCUGUUGAUUUAAUCAUGCAACUUUGUUCAUGGGAUCCAUUAAGGAGGCCAACAGCAGAUCAGGCAUUGCAGCAUCCUUUUUUUAAUGUGGAUGCUCGCAUUCCUCAUCCUCGACUGCAUGAUCCACUUGAGCUGAGGCUAAACAACAUGGAGUCAAAGCCAAAUCUUGAGUUGAAUCUAUGGGAUUUCGACACUGAACCUGAUGAUUGUUUUCUGGGCCUGACGCUUGCUGUGAAACCAAGUGUUUCAAAAUUAGAGGCAGUCCAUAAUGGCUCUCAGCGUAUGGAAGAGGAUAUACUGUUUUGUCCCAGUCUGAAAGAUCAUCCAGAGCAAUCAGUUUUUUGGUCAUUGCUUACUCCUGAUCAAAAUGGAAUUCACACACCAGUUGAAUCCUCCUUGUCUCUCUCAUUUAGUUCGAUUCAGCAUCCACCAAUUGGAGUUCCACAAUCUGCUGGGUUCGCAAUCGCAUCAUUGCAGCCUAAUCUCCCAGUUCGUCAAAAUUAUUGGCUGUGGCCUCCCCCUUCCGGCAAGGUUAUCCCCUCUGACUGAGUUGGUUGGAUAAUCUAAUAAGGGCCUGUAGAGAAUUUGUAAUUUAUUUAAUUUGUUUUUGUAAAGUCGGAUCCAUUUAGCACUCUCAUAGCUUCUAUUGUUGUCUAAUCUAAGCUUUGCCUGUAUUGAUCGGCAAAAUAUUUCCUGGGAAAGUUUCUGGGAAGUUUUUCAGAUUUCUAUCACUUCCGAGUAUAGGAAAUUUCACCCUUUGGCUUGAAUAUUGAUAUUGGUUAAUGCAAAUCUUUCUCCCCUCUUUUGUCUCA